CCAACCCAUCCCGCCAAGACGAACGCAAAGAUGGUGCGAAUCGAGCCCUUUCAUGUUGAGCAGUGGAUGGACAAGCACGAAACAAAGCAUAAUGUCCUCAACGUGAGCGAAACAUGUGUGGCAUCACAGUCUAUCGACGACUUGCUUCAAUUGUCAGAUAGCAAGUCUUCGGUAGCUUCAGUCUUUUCGACUUCCAAAAAGCUCACAUAUGGUGCGAUCCUUGGUUCCGAGUCUCUACGCAGCUCAGUCGCGGGGCUAUACAACACGGAGGCGGAAAUUCAACUGUCCCCUGACAACGUUUUGAUAACACCUGGCGCUAUUUUUGCCAACUUUCUCCUCUACUACACGCUUAUCGGGCCAGGGGAUCAUGUUGUCUGCGUCUAUCCCACCUACCAGCAGCUUUACUCUGUUCCCCAGAGCCUUGGGGCAGAGGUUUCGCUAUGGAGGUUGUCUAAGGAGAAUUGCUACGCUCCCAACAUGGAAGAGCUGGCUGACCUGGUUAGGACCAAUACCAAGAUGAUUGUCAUUAACAAUCCCAACAACCCAACGGGUGCCCCAAUCCCAAGAGAGACCUUGGAGCAGAUUGUUCAGUAUGCGCGCAGUCGAAACAUAAUUGUGUUUUCAGAUGAGGUUUACCGGCCAUUGUUCCACAGCCUUGAACAAAACAUCAAACCACCGCCUUCGAUCCUGGCUAUGAACUAUGACAAAGCCAUCACUACAGGGUCCAUGUCCAAGGCCUGGUCACUCGCCGGCGUGCGUGUGGGAUGGGUUGCCUGUCGUGACAAGAGCAUCGUCGACGCCAUGGCUGCUGCGCGCGAUUACACAACAAUCAGCGUAUCGCAGCUCGAUGAUCAGCUCGCGACCUUUGCCCUGUCCGAUUCAGUGAGACCGGGGCUGCUGGACAGGAACAUGAGGCUGGCGCAUAGGAACCUCUGUUUGCUUGAGGACUUUGUCGAGAGGCAUGUUAAUGUCUGUUCUUGGGUCAAACCUCAGGCUGGCACAACUGCGUUUAUCCAAUUCUUCAACCAGGGCAAUCCGGUCGAUGACGAAAAGUUUUGCCUUGAUGUCAUCGACACCAUCAAUGUUAUGUUGGUUCCGGGAUCGAAAUGCUUUGGAAACCGUGGUGAUGGUGAUUUCAAAGGCUUCGUUCGCUUGGGCUACGCCUGUGAUACUGCUGUUCUUGACGAGGCGCUGAAGAGGCUAGGGGGCUAUAUUGAGCACAAUUUGAGCUAG